AUGAAGCUUCUUACAGUCUUUCUCGCCGCCUUGACAACGGCCCUGGCGCAGAAUGCAAGCCACGAAGAUGAGGUCAGAAAAGCCUUCGACGUACGCUUGUACGCUGGAAGCUUUGCAGACUUGGGCGAGAUAAUGGCCAACAGUCUUGACGCGGUCAAAAAGCUUGGGCAGGACAUGACGGCCCUGCGCAUCGCAGGGGCCAACUCCAUGUCUGAGGAGGAUAAAGACGCCCUGCAGUAUGCUGUGGACUUCGCAGACGAGAUACGAAAUAAUCAAGACUUCGAGUAUCUCGCCGAUCGGGCGAGGAGCGCGGCGCGAGUUUCGAGAGAAGUUUCAGACAAAGCCAAUCAAAGAGUUAAUCAACUCCUCGGUGGAAAGAAGAACUAA